AUGAGCACAAGCCCUUGUUGUACGGGGUACAAGUUCCCCCAGUAUACGCCUGGUGGGACUUUAAAGAUGCCCAAAACCGACAAGGCUGAUUACUUUUCCCUUGAAGGCGGCGACGUGAACGAUACGAUGACCAAGCUACAUCUCCAGCUGCCGCUUCUUAACUUUGACCACGCUGACUAUUUUUCCAACAUCCCGCUGCAUACUUUUUCCCGUGCUGACUCGGCCUCUUCCUUGGUCUUCUCCAAGCCAAAAUUACAUAAAAACGCCACCAACUCCAUCUCAUCCUUGGCUUCCGACUCUACUGUGGUUGGCGACAGCUCUACUUCCCUGGCUGAUCUUUCCAUGUCUACAGAUACCCUCGUUGGCGAAAACAGCUCCACAACCUCUCCCACAAGAUCUCGCCGAAACGUGCUCCAGUUGAAGCUUAACGUGCCAAAACGCUCUUUCCAGCAGCCUCUGUCGUCGACUUUUCCUCUGGGUGUAAGCGAGCCACUCUAUGAGUUUGAUGAAGAGGAGUCUAAAAAGUGUGCUUCCGCCACUACUCCAAGCUUUAAUUUCGCCAUCGAGGCGCCUGCAACCCCAAAUAUCUCAUCAGCAAAGCAUCCAUCCCUCAAGCAGUCACUCACAGCGCCACUUACUUCCACGGCAUGCGAGUUUACAGCUCCUGUUAUGAAAAAGCAUCCCACCUCCUCAGACUUAGGCACAAGGGGCGACUUUGUGGCUUCCAUCAAGUCUGAACAGAGCAGACGUCUCCAUCAUGUACCAUGCCAGGAAAAUAUGCGUGAAAGCAUCGUUGGUGUGUCGCCAUCCAUAAAAUACAUCUCCAAAGAAGAAACAGUGGCCCUCUUAAGAGCCCGCCAUUCUCUCGAAGCUACACAGCUUCCGAAUGUAUUAAUUAUUGAUAUCAGACCAUUCGCUGACUUUAUCAAGGGCCAUAUCUCCGGCGCUCUUAAUGUUUGCCUUCCACUGACACUUUUAAAGAGAGCCAACUUUAAUUUCCUUCGCUGCAUGAACUCCUUGCCCACAUAUGAAAAGAGCAUCAUCCAAAACUACAUGCAUCAUUAUUCUGACGAGGGUCUUCAAGGCUAUAGCAUGCCACCCAUCAUAGUCUACGACAGUUUCAACGGUUCAAGUGGACUUUUGCACAUGUGUAAGAAGUUAGUGGACGGCUCAAGCUGGGAUACGAAGAAUGGCCCUCCAAUUUAUUUGAUUGAUGAGCAUUUCCUGUCUUUCGCUAACUAUGCUUCCGAUUUCAUCGAUACCGGCAAGGAGGAUAUUAUUGAUAUCAACCAGUUAACGGUCAAGCCACAGGCUUUGGGAGCUCCAUCCGUCACCAAGCCCUCCCUUUCCAUCGAUACCAUGAAGCGCAGUCCUGUGCAGCAACGUCGAUCUCAUUCCAUCACAGGUGUCCCAUGUUUUGGUGGAUCAUUCCAGGAUGUUUCAACUCCUGUUUCCAACUUCAAACUACCUCAGCACAUGCCCACUACAAAGUUCAAAAUAAGGCACAAUGAGGAGGUUUUUGAAAGCAUGGUCACUCCUGUCUCGGAGCAGUUCAGUCUCGCUAGCUUGACUCCUGGAGAGAUCGCUAGGCUUCCUGCCUGGCUUCAAGAUGUUGAGAACAAUUCUUGCCUUGUUACUGACGAGUUUAACAAACUCGAGCAAUGUGAGAAGGAUAGGUUAAACGGCGCUUUCUCCUUCACUUCUGAAAAACCAGAAGUAUGUUCUCCAGGAGGCACUACAGAGGUUUGCCCACAAAUCAACUGCGGACUCGAUUAUGGUCACAAGAAUCGUUACAAAGAUAUCUUUUUGUUCGACCACUCUCGUGUGCGCUUAACGGAUGGUGCCAGGAUAAAGUCGAAGCGUCAGAGCUGUGACUACAUCAACGCAUCCUAUUUGAAUCCUUUGGGCUCUUUGGGUAACGUUGUUCGUGAUGGUGUCUCGCAGGACGAUAAAGAUGAAUUGAAGUAUAUUGCUACACAAGGACCGUUGAGAGAAACAAUUGGUGAUUUCUGGAAGUGUGUCAUCAACCAGAAAUGUCUCUUGAUCAUCUCGCUUUCUGGUGAACUCGAAAAUGGCGUUCAUAAAUGUUCGCCUUUCUGGAGGGCUGGCGUCUACAGAUCUGGGGAAAACAUCAUCAAGGUGGAAAUUGAGAAGGAGGAGAAGCAAGGAAACCUCAUGUUGCGCUCCUUCAAGCUCAGUUCUGACUCUGAAGUUUUCCAUCGUGCAUUGCAAGUUCAUUUGUGCAAUUGGGCUGACAUGAGCAGCUCGGUGGAUCCAAAGGAUUUGAUUGACCUUGUGACGAUCAAGAGACAUGUACUCAACAGGGUCAGACAUCGGUCACAGUAUCACACAAUUACCCAUUGCUCAGCAGGUUGUGGUCGUACGGGUGUGUUUUGUGCCGUGGACGCUAUUGUGAAUCUCUCGAAGUCCAACGGAGGAUCAUUUGAGUUUGCAAAGAACCCAGUGUACUCAAUGGUGAACAAUUUACGUCGGGAGCGUAUUCUGAUGGUGCAAACGAUGAGGCAGUACUUCUUGAUUUAUGAUACCCUAGUGCACCAUGUGCUUCAUGGAGCAAAGCUGUGGAUCGGCGACCUCAACAUCGUCAACGACUUCAUUUCACGUGUCAAUGAAGGCGGUAAUUAA